UUUUUUUUUUUUUCUUGAACUCACAUGGAUGGAGAACGCAAUGCUCAACAGCAACUCAUACGUGGAAUGUAUAGGUUGAGUUUCUUUGUAUUCCUCUUCCUGUUCUCCAUUCCAUUUCUUAGUUAUCCCGAAAACGAUCCCGACCAUAAUUGGCCUUCUACAGUUGAAGAAGUACGUGAAGCACUACAAUUGGAAAAAGAAACAAUUGGCAAUGUUACUUUUGGAUACAACGUCUCUCAUGUAUGUCAAAAAAAAAAGAAUUCUUAUUCUGUUGUUCAUAUUCCAUCUGAUUUUUUUUUUCUACUCCCUUUUUUAGCCUUUACCAGCAACAAUGAGCACUCAAGUUCAACAACUUUAUACCACUGGUCAACAAGAGACUAAUCAUUAUUAUCACAAUGUUACUGCUAUAUUCAAAGGCUCUUGGUCAAGUCAAAAUGUUACUCCACAUGAAAAUGACAUUGUCAACAGGACAUUAUUACAAACGAAUCGAGGCCAAUUUCAUGUUGACAAUGGUGGUACCUUUUCUCUCAACAUCAAAUCCAUUAGAACAAAAAGCGAGAAUAUCAAUUAUAUCCAAGGUCAUAUACGACUGAAGGAUAUGGAUAAAUCUGAUUCUGGUGCCUUACUGCUGGCAGAAGGGUUUCACUACUUGAACAAUGGAUCAAUAUACCUUUUGGGUGCUCCUGAUGGUCAUAACAUUCAACUUCAACAUCUUUUACACAUGCUUCCCACAAAAGAAUCAUUGGAAACUACUCAAGCUUUGAUUACUGAACAUACUGAAAAAAGAAUUAAGGAAUUAGAUCAGCUUGGAUUGCGUGAUAGUCAAAUUUGGGAUGAAGUAGAAGAUCAUCCAAUAUCUGUAGAUUUCGGUUGCAACUUACAAAUCUUUGGUCAAUUGUCGCCCAUCCCUCGGAAUAUCAAAAUGUCACAGUUAUUGGAAUACGAAAAAGAACUAGAAAACCCUCAAGGUAUUAGUACUAUCCAACCACCACCAUUACAAUUGUCGAGUAUCAUGUAUUCACCAGAUUGUGGUCUUGGUUUAUCUAUUGAAAACGCCAGUGGCAUCAAAAUUGAAGAAUACUUUAGCAAGACUAUCUCUUAUGCGACUAUGGCCACCAUCCUUGCGAUUCUACAGAUCUUUUUACUUAUUCAUCAAAUGGAAUAUACUCCUACACCUUCAAGUGUUUCUAAUGUUUCUUACUGGACCAUUGCCAUGCAAGCUAUGAUGGAUGGAUAUAUCUGCUUACUUCAUUUGACAACUGGUGUGGUACUAGAUUCUGUCUUUCUUCCUUUUGCAUCAGCGGCUUUCUUCAGUUUUAUUUUGGUAUCUAUCUUUGGCAUGAGGUAUCUUUUAGUCAUUUGGAGAAUACAACGUCCUGAAUCUGUCCGUACAAAUCAAUCAUCACCUACUUCUGGUCCUCAAACUACAGAAACGACUGGAUCUCAACAACCUGUAUCAUCCUCAAUACAAUCUCAUAUGGAUUUUAGUCGAUUAUAUGCUAUUUUACUUUUUGGUUUGUUCUUAUUCUAUCAAAGUACCACAAGGUCUGCCUUUAUACAAAAUAUAGUCGUAAGUGUACUUGGAUUUGGGUUCUUCUCUUUUUGGAUUCCUCAGAUCAUCCGAAACGUCAGUAGAGGAUGUCGCAAGCCACUUAGUCCUCGAUAUAUACUUGGUAUGACGUUUACUCGUUUAGCCAUCCCAUUAUAUUUCUAUGCCUGUCCUCGAAAUAUUAUAUCACAAGAACCCUCUUUUGGUGUAUGGGUAUUGGUAGUAUAUGUACUGAUUCAAGUAUGCAUCUUAUUCCUUCAAGAUAUUCUUGGCCCUCGAUUCUUCGUACCAGAAAAGUAUCUACCUCAAACUUACAAUUAUCAUCCCAUUCUGCCACCUGAAGACGAAGAAACAACUCAUGGAGGAGAUUCAACUAAUAAAUCAACACAACCCAGGGACUGUGCCAUUUGUAUGCUAUCUGUGGAUACUUCAAGUACUGCUGCAACUGGUCUUCAUGUAUUAGGAAGAACUCAAUAUAUGAUGACACCAUGUCACCAUUUGUUCCAUACGGAUUGUUUAGAAAAGUGGAUGAGAAUCAAGUUGGAAUGUCCCGUGUGUCGAUCUUAUUUACCCUCUUCUUAAUCCAACCUUUUUACAUUGUUAUUAUUUUUUUCUUCUUCUUCUUCUACAAUAUAUUAAUCCUGUCUUAUAUUAUUGUUUGUUUAUGUUUGUAUAUGAAUUACUUCCUCUCUCAUAAAAACGUUGAUGACCUUUCUGCUAAUAAAAAUCAAUACCAAAUAUUCUAUCCAUUAACAAUAA